CCUUGACACAGUUAGUUGCCUCCUUAGUUCACGGUUCUCAGAAUGCAAGCUUAGUAGUUGCUGCUGCUGCUGCUACUCACAGUUUCUUUCCGUAAAGUACUUGCGUGCUGGAUGCGAUUCUCUGAUUACCUCCAUUCUGUGACUUCAUAACCCACGUAACUCGACGCUGUCAUAUUCCCUAAUGUAAUGCCUUCACCUGGCUCCUUAUACCGUUAGUAUCGAUAACAUUUUAUAGAAUCUAGCGCGCAACAGCUAACAGCUACUCUCACCAGCAAUUUUCUGCCGUCUUCUGUUCACAGCCGUUGAUAUGCACAUGUUUUUCUUCCUGUACCCGUUUGUACGCGUUUCAAUAAGGUGCAUUUAACCCCGAGGACUGUACCCCGUUUGUUUUUCCCCGAUGUCCACGGAAACGGCGCGACAUUCGGGUCGAGAGACGGAAGAAGGAGCGAGUAGCCUUUCUAUUUCGUCGAGCAUGAGAGACGGCGAUAAAGCGACAGAUGAUGACGUGGCGAGUUCUAAUUUGCGACGGAAGUCGGCAUCGUUUAGUGGGACAGACUCCCUCCGAGUACUCAGCUCAGGCCACCACGUAGCAGGACACGUGGCAGGACACGAGACAGGACACGUGGCAGCAUUACCAGGAACUGCGGCUGGUUUUGAAUCACGUGACCCGUGGACUAUGGCUGAUGCCAUGACCGUUAUCUCCGAAUGCUCCGUAGGGGACGACGCGACUGCUUGCGAUGCUAAUGCGGCCGCUGAUGCUACUGAUGCUGCUGCUGCUGAUGGUGAAGCGGGUGCUGCUGCUGCUGCUGCUGCUGCUGAUGCGGCUUCUGGUGCUGCUGCUGGUACUGAUGACGAAGCAGCAGCUGCUGUGGUCGCAACUGACGAUCCCGAUCGGCGAAACGGCAACACCGUAGCUGGUACCAACAGCGGGGCUACAUCCGUGUCAGAUCGGGGUCCAGUCCACGUCAGCAACGCGUGUCACCGUAGCCUAACUGCCAGCCUUCGACCGCCAAGCCCGGCCACAGGUACUGCUAGUAGCAGUAUUUCUGUAGGGUCCAAUGGGAGUAGCUCUGUAGAAUCUAACAGCUCAGUCAACCGGUCCGCGUUGACUAUAGGAGCUCCGGACGUUACACGCUCCGCAGACAGCCCUGCCGCCCUAACAUGCAACCACAUUUCGCCAGAGCCGCACCUCGUCGCCAGUUCCUCUCCCGCGCGUACUAGUAGUAACACUCACCCGCCCUUCGCUCCUAGUGCGGUAACGACGUCAGGAAGCCUUCGCCCAGCAAAGCCUGUGCGUAACCUUAGCCCAUUGACGAAACCGGGUAACCCUAUGUCACCUGUUCCACCAGUUACUCCGGACAAGUCCCAAAGUCCUGUAGUGACUGGUGACCCCCUGGCCAGCAGUAGCCCCAUGCACACACAGAGCUGCGGAAACGGCUCCACACUUGCGCCAGAACCUUCCGCCGAUUCCCCUUCCUCCGCCCUCAAACCCUCUCACUCCCCCUCCGCCUCCGCUUCCGCUUCCGCUUCCACGUCCGCAUCGGCCUGUGCCCCCGCGCCUGCUCCCCCCGCCCGGAACGGCCUCGUCCUCCCCGGGCGCGCUUCCCUGGACACCCUCCAAUCCUCCCCCGCACCCCCGCUCGCGCUGGCGAACCCCCGCCGAGUUUCCGCGCGGAGAAGCGCGAGCGGUGGAGAAAGCUCGGGGCUGUCCCUGAUCAACCGCCGAACCGCAGCAGCUGGCUCGGGAAGAGGCUUGGCAAGCAGGCGCGAGCUACCGGGGCUGAACAGGCCCGGGAGAGGAGUGGGGGGGAUAAAAUUAGACAUGGGCGCGCUUCAGCGGAGCAGGGGGGAGCGGGAUUUCGCGCGGGAGGCGCAGGAGGCGCAGGCCAGGCGGGAUAAAUUUGCGUUUUUCGAAAAGGAUUGUAGCCGAGUGUUGGAGCAUGUGUAUGUGGGGAGCGACUUUGUAGCGAGAAGCAGGGAGGUUCUUAAGGAGGCUGGGAUCACGCACGUGCUGAACUGCGUGGGGUUUGUGUGUCCGGAGUAUUUCCCAGAGGAGAUUAAGUACAAGACCCUUUGGCUGCAGGACAACACGGGCGAGGACCUGGUGUGCGUCUUAUAUGACGUGUUUGACUACAUCGAGUCGGUGCGGGAGGCCAGCGGGCGGGUGUUCAUCCACUGCUGCCAGGGCAUCAGCCGCUCCACCUCUCUUGUCAUCGCCUACCUCAUGUGGCUCGAGGCCCUUCCCUUCGGCGAUGCGUUCAAACGCGUGAAAGCCCUAAGAGCUGUCGCCAACCCCAACAUGGGGUUCGCGUGCCAGCUGCUGCAGUGGCAGAAGCGCAUCCUGCCCCCCUCCGCUCUUGAUCCGCCUGCUGAGCCUGACCCCCCUGCUCCCGCUGCUGUUACUUCUCGUGGUGCCGGUGCUGCUGAGGUGGCAGGGGCAGAAGCAGCAGCAGCAGCAGGAGGAGGGGUGGUUGAAGCAGCAGCAGCAGCAGCAGCAGGAGGAGGAGGAGGAGCAGGAGGAGGAGGAGGAGCAGCAGCAGCAGCGGCAGCAGGAGGACCAGUGCUGGCAGCAACGGCAGCAGGUGGUGCUGCAUAUACGGCAGUGGGGCGCCAAGCAUCAGCAGCAUUACCGCAGCGUGCACAGAAACAACCAACACGACCAUUGGCAGCAGAAUCAGCACCGAUAGCGUCACCAGCAGUGGCGUCAGCGGGACCAGGGGCGGCAGGGGUGGCAUCAGGGGGACCAGGGUCGGCAUCAGGGGUGGCGUCAGAGGCGGCAGAAGCGGCAUCAGGGGCGGCAGAGGCGGCAUCAGGGGCGGCAGGCAGCUGUCACAUGUACCGCAUGGCGCCGCACUCCCCGUACGACGCGCUUCACUUGGUGCCCAAGAUCACUGCCUUCUCCAGGCACUCCCUCGACCCGCGAGGGGCCUUCAUCGUGCAGAUACGGACGAAAGUGUACUGCUGGCGGGGCCAGGAGUGCCACCCUCUCAUGGCCAAACAGGCCCUCACUGCCGCCGCCCAGAUCAUCAAGUACGAACGGCUGGGGGAGGUGGUAUCUACUGCAGCCGGGGAGGUGAUACCUGCAGCUGGGGAGGCGGUAUCUGCAGCGGCAUAUGGGUCUGGGAAGGUGGCACCUGGGGAAGGUGGGCAGUGCGAGCAGGAAUCACAGGUGCUGAGUGAAGCGGAACGGAUAAAAGAGCUGCAAGACUCGCAGUGGCAGGAGCAGGAGCAACCGCAACAACAACAACAACAACUAGAGCACCCACAGCCACAGCCACAGCCACAGCCACAGCCACCAACGUCACACUUGCUAUUGGCACAAGCACCAUCGCCUCCAUCCGUCCCUAUCCUCAUUCUGGAAGGGAGAGAGCCCCCCGAGGUACUAGCAGAACUGGAUGCAGCCGACGCAGCAGCAGCAGCAGUGGCAGCAGCAGGGGGAGGAGAGGGAGGGGGGAGAGACGCUAUGGGGGGGACGACCCAGGCAGAGCUUGAUGCUCACAUGCAGGCUGUCAGGAAACAGGGGCUGACGUACCUCGGGCAGGACGCAAAUCUUUUGAGCUGCCCGGUGCAUGGGAAAGGGUCACCGCUGAGCAGAGGAACUGGAGGGAGAGAGGCGGAAAACGGGUGUGCUAGUAGCAGUGGGGAGGAUAAAGUGGGAUGUGAUAUUAAAGGGGGGCGUGAUAGGUGUGGGGCUCCUGGAAACAGCCAAGCAGCGGAUCAGGGCAUGAGAGAAGGAAGAGGAUGUGAUAAUAUUGGAGGGGACAGAGGUAGGAGAGGCAGAGGGGAGGAAGCAGCUAGAGAGGAGGAAUCAGCUAGAGGAAAGGGAACAGAGAGAGGGGAGGAAGCGCCUGAGCCCAUUGUUGCUGGGCCAGUUAAGGGCAGAGGGAGCAGAGAAGAGCUGUCUGUAGGUAAUGGGGACGGGAGUGAACCAGGGAGAGUUGGAGUGGGGCUGGGUGGUGAGAGGGCGAGAGAGGCGUCAACGAAAGGAGGAGCUGGUUUAAGAGAAAGUGGUGGCUCGAGCAGCAGCAGCAGCAGCAGCAGCAGCAGCAGCAGCAGCAGCAGCAGCAGCAGCAGCAGCAGCAGCAGCGCCACCACCACUACCGUCAGCACCACCACCCCGACUGCCCCCAUCACCACGACUACCAGCACUGCCACUACCACCGCCACUACCAGCGCAAGCUGCGCAACCAGCAUCAGCAUCAGCAGCAGCAUCAGAAAUCGAAUGCUACCUUUCUCCCGCACCCCCUCCUCGUCCUCCACCUCCGCCCCAUCCUCCCCUCCCCCCACCUCCCCGCCUCCCCCCUCCUUCAACCCUCCCCCCAAACCCGACUACGACUCCGAUUUUGAAUACUUCCAAAAAGCCGUCAUGGGCGGCACGCCGCGUCCUGUAGCGGGCUUCGUGUCCCCCUCUUCGAAGAUUCUCCCGCACAAGGGGCGGGGGUGGGUGACAGAGGAGGUGCUAUGCAGCAUGAGUCUGCUGCACGACCCCUACACGUUGCUGUAUGACCCGUGCGCCGUGCUGCUGGGAAGGCAGAGCUCGAGGGAGUGGCCUGCUGCGUGGAAGCCUCGGCACCAGCACUUCCCUGUGCUGCCUAAGAAGAGCGCGAGUGUGGCUGAGACAGGGGCGGAGGGUAGGGAAUGAGUUUGGAGUGGCUGCUGCAUGGUUCUUGAGCUCGAGAAAACUGUUCGCUGCGUGGAAGCCCUGGCACCAGCACUUCCUGGUGCUGCCUAAGGCGGUUCUUCUAGAGGCGCCUCAGAAGCCCCGGCACCAGCACUUCCUGGUGCUGCCUAAGAAGAGCAUGAGCGUCGCUGGGGCAGAGGGAGUUGGGGAGCCAGAGUGUUGGCGAGUUGGGGGGAGGGGAGGUGGGGAAGGAAUGACUUUCAGACUUGUGCCAAAAAAUCCCUCACCACCAGCACUUUCCGGUUCUGCCUUCGACGAGCCAGAGUGUUGUAGGGUGCGUGGGGUGUGUGUGGUGGGUUGGGAGAAGGGGAGGAUCAGGAGGCUCAAGCGUGGACGGACUUGUGUGCUGUAAGACCAGCCCCAUUAAUUGCUGUGGCGAAAACCAACACCAAGUUCUGAUGGGAUAUUGCUAACUUCUUGCUUGCGUGCAAAAGAGCUGUAGUAAAACCUCUUCUUUCAUUAUCCAAGUUUCAACCACAGUAAGAUGCACUGGCUCAUUUC